AUGUUUGACUGGCAAAGGGGAUGUUUUCGUAUGCUUAAAAACAUACACAAAGCAAUGUACUUCAUGGAAUGUAUUCAAACAACCGUGUUCAGUAAGCUGUUCAUAAGACUGGCAGUGGACAAAGUGCAUAGUGUUGUUCACCGGAGAGUAGCCUAUACAUUUCAUACGAACUCCUGGCUAGCCACUGGACUUGUAGCUACCUUUAACUAGCUGUAUAAUUCAUCCUACAUUACGAUCAACUGGCCAGCUGUAUCAGGCAGCUAGAUGCGAGGGAAAACAAAUAUAUUUGGUAGCUAUCCGUCUGAUUGAUGUUAAUAAUGCUAUUUGUUACAGAAUCUCCCUGUCGAGGGCGCUACGGUAAACUGUACAGUACGCUGAACACUGACGCAUGUUGAUUUUCGUCCAUCCACACCAGACGCGAUCAGGUCACGUUGGUUGAAAUAUCAAAACAAACUAUAUUAAUUUGGGGACAGGUCAAAAAUCAUUAAACAUUUAUGGCAAUUUAGCUAGCUUGCUGUUGCUAACUAAUUUGUCCAGGGAUAUAAACAUUGGGUUAUUUUACCUUAAAUGUACAUGGUCCUCUACUCCGACAAUUAAUCCACAAAUAAAAUAGUAAAAGUUUGUCCAUUAACAAAAUGUGCACACGUGGCUACAUGCAGCUCUCGCUCUGAUCUCAAAACGAGUGCAUCAAAUCAGUUUAUUUGUCACGUUCGCCGAAUACAACACUUUCCUACUCAUUCAUUACUGCUGCUGUACAAGUUGGGGCGCUGAGUGGAAGUAGGAAGAGCUCACAUUUUAUGGCUUAUAAAAGUGUUGAAUACAAAGUGUUGACAGUGCUGAGUAAGGACUGAAACAUUAAUUCACUCAUAAAAACAGCAUCUCUUUGCUAUUUUGAACCAUUUCAUGUGUCUGAAGGUGUAAACUCUGCCUUCCCGGCAGGCCCAGAGUGCUGCAGACAGUCAUCUGAGCAGUAGGCUUAUAGUGCAUUUGAUUUGCUCUCUGGGCCCAUCGGAGAAGGUAGCGUUUGCUUCUCUGUGCCUGCUUCCAGAGGCAGUUUGGAACUCGGUAGUGAGUGUUGCAACCCAGGACAGACCAUUUUUUACGCGCUUCAGCACUCGGCAGUCCGGUUCUGUGAGCUUGUACCACUUCGCGGCUUAGCCGUUGUUGCUUUUAGAUGUAUGUUUCCACUUCACAAUAACAGCACUUACAGUUGACCAGGGCAGAAAUUUAACGAACUGACUUUUUGGAACGGUGGCAUCCUAUGACGGUGCCACAUGGGAAGUCACUGAGCUCUUCAGUGAGGCCAUUCUGCUGCCAAUGUUUGUCUUUGGAGAUUGCAUGGCUGUGAGCUCGAUUUUAUACACCUGUCAGCAACGGGUGUGCCUGAAAUAGACAAAUCAUUAAGGGUUUCGGACCAUUAUUUCAAGCAAAAAAACAUGAAUAAAUGUGUGGUCUCAAAUAUUCAACAUUAAGGAAAUUAUAAGUUACAGUAUAAUAAAUAUCUUAGUUUUUUUCAUUGGAUGACCCCUCAUUUCGAAUGACUUAAAAAUGUUGGGGGAAAAGGGAGAUGGUUUGUUAAAGAAGAUUGGUAGAAAGUGUAAGCUGAGUGAGCUGUAUGUCCUCAUUCACUUCCAUUUCUGUUGUUCGAUCCAACAAAGUACCCGAGGGGGAAGGUGUGGUGAACCCAUGCCAUCUGAUGCCCCCUUCCCGUGGGCCUUUUUCAGAAAGGUGAUUUGUUUGAAUCCGUAACUAUGUGGCAGAGUGCGAAGUAGAUUACAUGUCCUUCUUGUUUCUGUAUUGGGUGAUGGGACCGUAGCUCAUCAUGUGGAGUGUCAUGAUUUGUGGAUUCUUGUUCUUGACAUCUCUUAGGACCUACUCCAGGUGAGCCCAUACUGCUCUCUCAUCAUGUCUAAGCAAGUCAGAUAUGGUGGCGUAGGACUGGCUUCCCUCCGAUCGUAGACUGCUGUCGAUGUAACCGAUGUGAAAUGGCUAGCUAGUUAGUGGUGGUGCGCGCUCGCUCUGAGACCUUGAAGUAGUGGUUCCCCAUGCUCUGCGAGGGCCGUGGCUUUUGUGGAGCGAUGGGUAACGAUCCUUCGUGGGUGUCAGUUGUUGAUGUGUGCAGAAGGUCCCUGGGGCGAGGGGACGGACUAAAGUUAUACUGUUACAUCUACUCCCCCCAAAGUAGAACGACUGGGUUUCUGUGGCUUAUUUGCAAUUUAGUUAGCAGUAAUCUGUAUCCUGACGAUAAAUGCAUCUGCAAAUCGACCCUCAAUUAAUAUAGAUAGAUAGGUUAGUAGUUGUUUACAUAAACAUAUUUUCAGUAUUAGCUGCUUGAUAAAAAAAGUUUUUGACAUAAAACACCCUUAUCCUACAAAAACCUGUAGAUGAAUAACUUAAUACAAACAUAUUGACAUCAUUCAGUACAACCAUAUUGUGAUUCAUUGUUUAUGUAUCUAGGCAAAUCAGUUAAGAACAAAUUGUUAUUUACAAUGACAGCAUAGGGACAGUGGGUUAACUGCCUUGUUCAGGGGCAGAACAACAUAUUUUGACCUUGUCAGCUCGGGAAUUCGAUCUAGCAACCUGUCGGUUACUGACCCAACGCUCUAACGGUGAGGCUACCUGCCGCCCCCGGCAUAUGGUGUAACCGGAAUUUCUGGUGACUCCGAAUGUUUAUUUUAGUUACACCUUAUGACUUGUCUCACAUAAACAUGUGCUUAUACACACAUGUGAACACUUGACAUUGACAUCAAGUAUUUUCUAAACGUUAAAAAAGACAUGUAUGAAAAUACCCGCAAAUAAGUAUAGAGCCGGUAUUUAAAGUUAGAGCGACAUUUAGUAUAAAGACAAAUUUAAAGUUUAGCUUCACUGUCCAGAUAAAUAUGUAGGGGAGUAUAGGCCCGGAUUCAAUACAAGGUGUUAUAGCACAAUAUAACAAACUUCUAAUAGUAAAUUACGCUUCAGCCGACAUGUGUAGCGCUAAUCAUUAAUGCAGUGUCGGUGAACGUCAGGGGGAAAAUGCUCUUUUAAAGGCGCGUUGUUUGCUGUUUAGUGCGCUGCACUAUAACGCAACUUGCAUUGAAACCCAGCCAUCAGCCGAUGUAGUGGUAAAAAAAAUAGUUGGGUAAACGCUGAUCGUCGUUCGCGGUGAAGACUUGUUCCACGUGUGAGAACAGAACGGGCUACUGCUAAAGAGCAUGGCCCCUCUCCCAAUGCUUGCUGGUAAGGAGGAGGUCAAAAGCACAGCCGACCACGUCCUUGAGACGUUCUAUCCCAUCUCUCCCACCAUCGACCUGCAGAGUGUCCAGGUCUACCAGGAGCAGAACCAUAAAGAUUCCUCCAGGUCUGUCGGGGUACAAGUCUAAAACGUUCCAGAGGUUCCUCUCCCUUUAUCUGAACGGAGCUGUGUGAGCUGCAAAAAUCAGCGCCUGAACAACAACAAUAACCUUCCCAUUUCUACUGUCAAUACUGUCAUAUCUGAAAAUACAGAAACUCUAGAUAAUCUAUCUCAUCAUAGUCAAACGUUUGAUUGUGUUUCUCUACCCUCGGACUGUUGUGGUUUUGAAUUACACUCAACAAAAAUAAAUGCAACAUCCAACAAUUUCAAAGAUUUUUACUAAGUUACAGUUCAUAUAAGGAAAUCAGUCAAUUGAAAUACAUGAAAUAUGCCCUAAAUCUAGGGAUUUCACAUGACUGGGAACACAGAUACGCAUUUGUUAGUCACAGAUACUGUACCUUAAAAAAAAUAAGGUAGGGGUGUGGAUCAGAGAACAGUAUCUGGUGUGACCAUCUGCCUCGUGUAGUGUGACCCGUCUCCUUCACAUAGAGUUGAUCAGGCUGUUGAUUGUGGUCUGUGGAAUGUUGCCCCACACCUCUUCAAUGGCAGUGCGAAGUUGCUGGAUAUUGGUGGGAACUGGAACACGCUGUCGAUCCAGAACAUCCCAAAUAUGCUAAAUGGGUGACAUGUCUGGUGAUCUUGUCGCAGUAUCUUUGCAUUUAAAUUGCCAUUGAUAAAAUGCAAUUGUGUUUGUUGUCUGUAGCUUAUGCCUGCCCAUACCAUAACCAGACCACCACCAUGGGGCACUCUGUUCACAAUUUUGGAAUCAGCAAACUGCUUGCCCACACAACGCUGUACAGUUGAAACGGGGAUUCAUCCAUGAAGAGCACACUUCUCCAGCAUGCAGGUGGCCAUCGAAGUCGGUUACGACGACAAACUGCAAUCAGGUCAAGACCCCGGUGAAGACAACAAGCAUGCAGAUUAGAUGGGUUCUGAUAGUUUGUGCAGGAAUUAUUCAGUUGUGCAAACCCACAUUUUCAUCAGCUGUCCGGGUGGCUGGUCUCAGACAAUUCCGUAGGUGAAGAAGUCAGAUGUGGAGGUUCUGGGCUGGCGUGGUUACACGUGGCCUGCGGUUGUGAGGCCGGUUGGACGUAAUGCCAAAUUCUAUAAAAGGACGUUGGGGGUGGCUUAUGGUAGAGAAAUUAACAUUAAAUGAUCUGGCAACAGCUCUGGUGGUCAUUCCUGCAGACCAGCAUGCCAAUUUUAGUCUCCCACAAAACAUGACACGUCUGUGGCACUGUGUUGUGUGACAAAACUGCACAUUUUAGUGGCCUUUUAUUGUCCCCAGCACAAGGUGCACCUGUGUAAUGAUCAUGCUGUUUUAUCAAAUUCUUGAUAUGCCAGACCUGUCAUUUUAAAUGGAUAAUCUUGGCAAAGGAGAAAUACUCACUAACAGGGAUGUAAACAAUUUUUUUGCACAAAAUUUGAGAAAAACUUUUUGUGCAAAUAUAACAUUUCUUGGAUCUUUUAUUUCAGCUCAUGAAACAUGGGACCAACACUUCACAUGUUACGUCUAUAUUUCUAUGUAAUUAUGAUAAACACAUUAUAAAAAAUAAAAAUAAAUGUUUCCAUAACUUAUUGAGUGGUUACAGAUGUCACACAAUUAAAAUGGACUAUAUGUCGUACUCAAGAUACAUUGAAAUAUGCCGGUGAAAUGAUCCAUUCCACCUUAAAAUGUGGAGGGUGUUAUUAGCGUCACGUCCUACCCACAGUCACUAAAACUGUCCGACCACAAUAUCAUAACCACCUGAAGCGCGUCGGAGGUUGUCGACACUACAUGGGCAGAGUACGCGAUCUGGAAAAACCCAAUCUCGAAAUAUUCCGUGCGUGUUAUACCUUUUGAGGUAAAUGAAUAAACAAAAUCAAAUUAUCGUCGUCGUAUCCUGAUUCCACUGCUGCGUGGGCAUUUUGAUUCCAUGUUUGUACUUUGGAGUGAACUUUUCUCUGCAGUUAGCUACCUUUGCGAUCACUAGUGCAGUGUCCAUUCAUGCUGGUAGCUCAGAUUUAAUUGAGCUAAUGUGCUGCUACGUUUUUUACGACGGUACUUGCAGCUGUCGAAUAGAAUGAACUAGCAUUGCUGCUACUUCGCUGUCUAAGGGAAGCUCCAAUAGCAGAACAAGAUUUUGCAAUCACUGGCACUGCGCAAGAAUCUGUCACACCUACUGUGUAUAUUUGAGUUCAGAGAAAGCAUCUCCGGGACCCCUAAAAUGAGCAGACACCAAAAUGGGGAGGAGUACAGGAACCCAACAGAGGUGAAGAAGAGCCAGAUAGUGAUGCCCUGCCAUGCCAACCACCGCCAGGAGCUCAGCGUGGGAGAGCUGCUCAAAUGGAUGGACUCUACAGCCUGUCUGUCAGCUGAAAGGCAUGCUGGGUGUCCCUGUGUCACUGUCUCGGUCGACGACAUCCACUUUGAACACACUAUUGGGGUUGGACAGGUGGUCAACAUCAAGGCCAAAGUCAAUCGAGCUUUCAACACCAGCAUGGAGGUUGGCAUCGUGGUGAGCUGUGAAGACCUGUUCAGCGAUACUCACUGGAGUGUGUGUCGGGCGGUUGCCACGUUUGUCAGCCAGCGCACCACGGGAGGGAAGGUGCAGCUGCGUCCGUUGGUCCCCUGUACACAGGCGGAGCAGGUGGAGCACAGUUUAGCAGCUGAGAGGAGGAGGAUGAGGCUCGUCCACACUGAUAUCAUGAAGGACCUGCUCGCUAACAGGGCCUUCCAACAAGUGGAGGUCCAGGAGGCUGAGAAGGCGGUGCCAGCAGAGAGGACACGGGUGGAGAGUGUUGAGUUGGUUCUUCCCACUCAUGCCAACCACCAGGUCAACACGUUCGGAGGACAGAUCAUGGCCUGGAUGGAGAACGUGGCUACCAUCGCUGCAAGUCGUCUGUGUAACGCUCACCCCACCCUGCAGAGCAUAGACAUGUUCCAUUUCAGGGGUCCCUCACACGUGGGCGACCGGCUGGUCCUCAAAGCCAUAGUCAACAAUGCAUUCAAGAACAGCAUGGAGGUGGGCGUGUGUGCGGAGGCUUAUCAGGGGGAGGAGCCUCUGAGACACAUCAACAGCGCCUUCAUGACCUUUGAAAUCCGCGACCAGGAAGGCAAGCCAUGCACGUUGCCAAGGAUACGACCCGAACCGCUGGAGGGAAUGAGACGUUACCAGGAGGCCAUCGCUAGAAACAAGAUCAGACUCGACAGGAAGUACAUAAUAUCCUGCAAGCAGACAGAGGUGCCCUUAUCUGUACCGUGGGACCUCAGCAACCAGGUGUACCUCAGCUACAACAACGUGUCUGCUCUGAAGAUGCUGGCCGCCAGAAACAACUGGUUGUUAAACUCUGAGAAAAACAAGGUGAGCCUGUACACCCUGGAGCAGAAGCAGGUGUUGAGUUUUAAGGUCGAGACGGAGGUAGACAUCCCAGCUGAGAGGGCCUUUAUGUUGCUCUCUGACUUAAGCAAGAGAGUGGAGUGGGACCCAAACUACGAGAGGUGUGAGCUGAUUCUUAGGGUGAACGAUGAUGACUUUCUGUACCGCGUGGUGACUCCUUCCAUAGGCCAGGAUGGGACCAGUAACAGCCCUUCAGCCGAUCAGGGAGGGAAGGUCCAGGACUUCAUCCUCCUGGCCUCCAGGAGACCACCGUGUGACAGCGGGGACCCUUAUGUUAUUGCUCUGCGUUCGGUCACUCUACCCACACACCCUCCUACAGAGGGCUACAACAGGGGAGAGGUGCUGUGUGCCGGCUUCAGCAUCCUGGAGGUCUCCAAAGAUAUCUCCAAGAUCUCCUACUUCAACCAGGCGUCUCCCGAGGUCCUGCCCUACAUCUCCACAGACAUCGCCGGGCUCUCCUCCAGCUUCUACGGCAUCUUCUGCACCUGUAACACCUUCCUCCAGGAGAACAGGGUUGACCAUGCCUCCACCCCCCAGUCCCAACCACCCUCCUCUACACUAAAACGUACACAACUCUAACCCUUUAUCCUUCUCCACCCUGACCCCCUCACCCUUGAUGACUAUUGUACUGCUCGAUUGAACACACUGUCAUUAGAGGAUCCGAUUAUCUUCAACUGUUUAUUUUAUUAGAAUGGUUUAUGAAAGGAGCCUAAUUCCCAGAUUUGUUUGUGCAGUCUUGCCAACUCCUAUGGUCAUUGACAAUGGCCAUGAAUGUAGGAGUUAGCAAAACAGAUCUGGGAUCUGGGAUGUUUUUUUGUGGCUGUGAUUAAUUACGAUUGUCUCUUAAAGCACUUAGUCUCCCUAUACUCCCCACCUGUGUUCAUUAGAUUGACACCCAACCCCCUGUGACCUGGCUCAAGCCUGCCCAGAGCACUCUGGCCUCUUCACACACUAAGCUGAGCCAUGUUGACAGCAAGGAUUAUUAGUGUUGAAAACUAUAUGUUUUUCUUUUUGAACAAUGUUCCCAAUCAUAACUUGUGAAAAAUAUGAUGUUUGAAAUCAUUUUAAGUGUUUGGACUUUUCCAGAGAAAGAAUACUAACCAGAUGUCUUUUUACUUCUGAGAAGAGCACUUUAUUUGACAAUAAAGGGUCAGAAUUGCA